AUUAUAUUAACAUAUAUUGUGUAUUAUAAAGCACUCAAUUUUGUCUUGUAUAUUAAUAUAGAAUGACAUAAGUGAUACUUUACUUUCUAAUUUCUAAUGGUGCUUUAAGAAAAAGGCAGAGCAUUAAUGGAUUAUUUUCCCUAGAAUGUCGAAGUGAAGCCAGGACUUGGCUGUCUAGCAAUUUGCAAGAGCGCUAUUGAUUUCUGGUAUUGAACAGUCUGUGUUGGGAAAGUGGAACUAGGCCUUGAUUGCAGGAUUAUAAACAGCACACAGUAUGUUUAGUGGAAUAUUGGUAGGACAUUAUUUAGUGCUUGUAUGGUCACACUAAGUUUACAUUUUGUUUGGAAUGUAAUUGUCAACUUUCCUUCAAGUAGUGUCCAACUUCCUUUGUCGAUCUUGGAGACAGAAUGUUUAGUUAAGAAUAUGCAUCAUGUUAUUGAUGUUCUCACUAUGUUGAAAAAACGGAUUUGUGAAGCUUAUGAAAGCAGAUGAUUUGAUUGUCUUUGUAAACAUUUUGUGCAGCCUUUGACUUGUUUAUUACAAAUAGUCUAAGUAAAUUAGAAUACAAUACAACACAACUAAAAGAUACCACAAGUAGUUUAUCCUAAUAAUGAAGGCAUUUGCAUAAAGGAACCAGUGUUGGGAUUGUUUUGCAAUGGCUGAAGAAACAAUAUACCUGUGUAAAUUCCGGGUCUCUGUUGACGGGGACUGGUUGUGCCUAAAGGAACUGAGCGAUAUUCAGUAUGAAAUGCCACCCUCUCUCAGUAACUCUAUGAUUGAAGAUGAUGACCGUGACCCACGGACCAUAGAGCGAGGCAACUUGCUUAACGUUUCCAAGAUGAUUGUUAAGGAGCUAAUUGACUCCUCGAUGGCCCACGGACGGAUGCUUGAUGAUGAUCACGCUCCCCUACAGCAGUUCUUCAUAGUCCUUGAACAUGUGCUGCGACAUGGUCUACGUCCAAAAAAGAGUAUUAUGCGUGAUCGUAGAGAUUUCUGGUGUGUUCUUGAGCUGGUUGAGAAGUUUGUACCUGAAGCUGCAGAAAUCACUGCCACAGUCAGAGAUAUGCCUCAUUUAAAGACCCCUUUGGGCAAGGCAAGGGCAUGGUUACGUUUGUCAGCCAUGCAGAAAACACUUGCAGAUUACUUCAAAGUGCUUAUUGAAAAAAGAGAUAUGGUUUUGACGGAGUUUUAUGAGCCUGGUGCUAUGUUGCUGGAGGAUGAAGGCACAGUGAUAGCGGGUCUGCUAGUAGGCCUGAAUGUGAUAGACUGUAACCUUGGAAUCAAGGAUGAAGACCUUGACCAGCCGAUAGGUGUCAUAGAUUUUAGUGUAUAUUUGAAAGACACACGCUUGAAUGAGUCUGACCCAGAGGCAGAUAAUGCUGCCAUGCAAGAGAAAAUGCAGACUAUACUAGAUCAGAAAAACUAUUUAGAAGAACUUAACAGACAUUUAAAUACAACAGUUGCAAAUCUUCAGCAGAAACUUGAAAUGGCCAGUACAACAAACGCCCUGAUGAAAGAAGAUUUAGCCAUCGCCAAAAACACAAUCCUUCAGUUAGAAGAUGAAAAGAAAGUUCUAGAGUCACAGCGAGACACAAUUCUUCAUGUUCACAAACACACGAUCGAGUCAUACCAAGACCACAAUGAUGAUGAAGCAAUUGUUAUUGAGCUUCAUGGAGAGAACAGUCUAAAAGAAGGGCCUCCUUUCAACACAGAAGAUACAGCAGAAAAUACAAAUAUGAAUGAAGCCAGUGCACAGGAAACUGAAAAUGUUACAGCAGACCCCGUGCCUGGGAUAUAUGCUAAAGUCGAUGGUACUUUGCCUGAUGAUGAAUCAAAAGAUGGUAGAACUGAUGAAUUUCAAACUGAAGACAACAGUUCAAGAACUCCUGUGAGAAAGGCAACUGGCCCUGACAUGCAAAAGCCUCGUACUUCCAGUGAGGGAAACUUGAAGACCAGGGCCAGUUUGAGGACCUUCAGUGAAUCAGAGAGCAAACCUAUUGAUACACUCUGGUCCAAACUGGGCUUCUUUCAAAAAGAGACUAAAAAGGACAUAGACGUAGAACGGCAGACAUACCAACAGUCAAGGGCAGGUCUGGAUGACAUGUAUGCUGAUAUUAAAAAGAGACUUGAUGAUGAAAUCAAUCUUAGACUGGAGGUUGAGAAGGAGUUGAGUCUACAGAUUGGCAUGAAGCAGGAGAUUGAGAUGGCCCUGGAGCUGACAGAGAAAGACAUCCACGAGAAGCAGGACACCAUCAUCAGCGUCCGCAAGCAACUAGAGGACGUGAAAAACAUCAACCUGCAGGUCGCUGAGAAACUGGAGCAAUGUGAUACGUCCCUCAAACACAAGACAGAGAUGGUUAGGACUCUGGAAGAGAAGACAAACUCUUUGAUGGCAGCACUGAAGGAUAAUGAAAAAAAACUGAAGAAGUGUGAGAGUGACAAGGCAGCAGCAGAAGAGACAGCCCGCAAAUUGGGACAGAUCAUGGCUGAUAAGGAAUCAAAGAGGACAUCAUUAGAGACAGACCUGCGUAUAGAGCGUGAGUGGCGUGCAAACCUGCAGAAGAAUCUGGACAAGGAGAAGGAGCGCACAUCUGCCUUGCAGAGGGAGCAGCAGCAGCUGCGCAGGCUAGAGGCUGAGCAUGCCACCUUGCAGGCUCAGUUCCAACUGGUGAAGACUCAAUGUGAGGAGCAGGAGCGAACACUCACAGAGCUCGGCUCACACCUCAGCGACUCCAAGCUGCAGAUGGAGGGCAUGAAGGAGAUGCAGCAGAUGAACAAGGAGGCCAUGUGGGCCAGCGACAAGGACGCCACCAACUGCAAGCUGUGUGAGAAGCCAUUCUCUGUGGCGCGCAGAAAGCAUCACUGUCGAAACUGUGGCGACAUAUUCUGUGCCGAAUGCUCAGACAACAAAAUGCCUCACCCAUCAUCUUCCAAGCCUGUGAGAGUGUGCGACUCAUGUCAUGAGGUUCUGUUACAGAGGUACUCUGCCAGUGGAAACUAGUGCAAUAACCUUUAUGUGCAAUCAAAUACUUUCUCAGAAGCAUAAGAAGACGGGUUCAAAGGAAGCAGGGCUUAAACAUUUUGUGGGGCAUGAAAAAUAUUUUUAUGGAAGACAGUCUUACUUACACAUUAUUUCUUACUGGUAUGGGAGUGUUAAUAAAAUCGGCCGCUACUACAAUAAGAUUGGGGCUUCCACUUUUAUGCGGCUACAAUAGAUAUCGGGCACAAUCCUCAUCAAUAAUCUAGUACACAAUGUAAAAUGCUUUUCUGGAGAAUUUGCAGAUAACUGCUUUUACUCUAACAGAAAUACAUGGUCAUUGCCACAGUCAUAUUUUGUAUCUGAAGACAAAUACCCAUUAUUUAUCUAAACAUUCCCCAAAUAAUUAUUUUUUUGCUUGCAAAGAAAACAGUGUGAAGAAUUUCAUUUAUUCUUUUCUAAAAAAAAAAAUAUAUUAAGAAUAUAUCAUUGAGUUAACUCUAUCAAGUGCUUAAAUUUUCAUAUUGAAAUUUACACGCAUAGAUAUUUUACUUUUAAAUUCUUCAAUUAGAAGUUCAUUAAAAAGAAUUGUUCAUAUCAACCUAAUAGUCUGGAACUUUCAAAACAAUUUUCUGUUUUGAAAAAUACAAUGGCUGAGAUAUUUUUAUUUUUAUUCUCUUAAAGGAUGCAUCAGAUGUAAUUAAAUAAUUUAAAUAUAAACAAUUUACUAAACAAUUUAAUUAGUAUAAAUAACUUUUUAUCUUGAAAAUAUUUAGUAGAAACAUGCAGGAAUUAUUAUUUAAAAUUUAAAUACUAAUCAACAAGAUUUUGCUGUAUUAAAACAGCAUUUUUGAAACAAUUCUUGUGCUGAUUGGAAGCACGUCCCACACCCAGCACAUUUGUGGCCAAAAUGUUCCUGAGCUUUCUAUGCCCCAGUUUGUAGUUUAUCAGAUGAGUUGAAAUAAAUUGACAAUUAAAGCUGUGGAACUGAUACUUGUGUCAGUGCAUAUCUUGUCAAGAUAUCUUUUUUAUUUAUAUAUAGUUAUCUAUAACAGUAUUUAUGACACAAAUAGGAUAAUUAUUAUGAUUAAUGUGAUCCUUGUGUAAAGUUCCAUCUUUUUUUAAAGUGUGUUUCUGAAAUUAAGAUAACACAUAGAUUUGAUGGUCAGACAACAGUAGCUAGUUUUAUAAUAUUGAAAAAACGCAACAUAAAACAAACACAUUCCAAUAUAAAAGUAUUCAUAUUAACCCAUAUUUGACUUACCGGUAAAAUGAAAAAAUGGGUGUUCCUUAAUUCUAUUAUAUAUAUGAACAAGUUAUUUUAUAUCUCUACUACAUGUUUACGAUGUAAACUUUAUGACACUUGAUGUUUUAUUUGGAAACAUUCCAGUGGUAUAUUGCUCUGAAAAACAUGUUAAGUUAUAAUGUGUAUGACAUGUUUAUGCUACAUGGUAACAUUUUAUAGUAUAAAUUAACUAUUUAUACAAAAAUAUUAUUAAAUUUAAAGUCUUUGUCAAUAGUUUCAUUCAUGUGUGUAAAAUGACUUUUAAUGCUGUAAUAAACAUGAUUUUUUACAUA